UGUACCGCAUUGUGUCCAUGGAUAAAGCUGAAUACUAGUUAAUUGUUUUAUUGUAUGAAGGGAAAGUAUCCUUUAAAUGAAUACAUAUACAUGAAGGUGUGAUGGUUUCAGGUUUUUUCUGCAGAUUAGCAAGUGUUACCCUCUAGCACGGUGUUGGAUACGAAGAAACUCUCUUGAUGCCCAUAACUAAUGUGUGCCCCCUUUACAAGGUGUUGAUGUCCUUAAGUCUACAGGGCUACAGCACACAGAGAGCAGGUAGAAUUCAUCACCUACAGACACGCCAUGCACCAUGGGAUACUUUUCUCAGCUGUUGGAAGAACAGAAAACCAUCUGUUGGAGAGGAAAUCUGCCUUUGUCAUCUCAGGCUUAGCAUGGAUGAUUCAGGAACCAUACAAGGUGGCCACCUUUUUUGGCUGCAUCGGCACGGACCAGUUCGGCGAGAUCCUGAAGAGGAAGGCCGAGGAGGCGCACGUGGAUGCCCACUACUACGAGCAGAGUGAGGAGCCCACCGGCACCUGCGCAGCAUGCAUCACCGGUGACAACAGGUCCCUUGUUGCUAACCUGGCUGCUGCAAACUGUUACAAGAAGGAGAAGCAUCUAGACCUGGAAAGCAACUGGGAGCUGGUGGAAAAAGCCAGUGUUUACUACAUCGCAGGUUUCUUCCUGACGGUGUCUCCGGAGUCCAUCCUGAAGGUGGCCAAGCAUGCUGCGGACAACAACAAGAUCUUUUGCUUGAACCUGUCGGCCCCAUUCAUCAGUCAGUUUUACAAGGAGCCCUUGAUGAAGGUCAUGCCUUUUGUGGACAUAUUAUUCGGGAAUGAAACGGAGGCGGCCACUUUUGCAAGAGAGCAAGGCUUUGAGACAGAGGAGAUCGAGGAGAUUGCACAAAAGGCCCAAAAACUUCCGAAAGUGAACGGGAGCAGGCAGCGGACAGUGGUCUUCACUCAAGGCAGGGACCACACGGUAGCCACUAAAGGUGAUGAGGUGUUGACAUUUCCUGUCAUGGACAUUGAUCAGAAUGACAUUGUGGACACAAAUGGAGCGGGAGACGCCUUCGUGGGAGGCUACCUCUCGGAGCUGGUCCAGGGGCAGCCUAUGGAGCGGUGUAUCCGUGCCGGACACUACGCAGCCAAUGUCAUCAUCAGACGUGCAGGAUGCACUUUUCCCGAGAAGCCCGACUUCCAUUGAUGUCCAUUCUGUGCGUGCGUGUGCGUGUGUGUGUGUGUGUGUGUGUGUGUGUGUGUGUAUGUGUAUGUGUGUGUGUGUGCGCGUGUCUCGCGUCGUGCGGGACUGCUUCUUUCCUCUCUUUUUUCCAAAGGAUUCCUUUCCGUAUCCCUUCCUGCUGUCGUCAUCGUUCGUUCCGUGUUGAAUUGUCCGGCUGAAGGAGUCCCGCGCAACAACUCUGGCUGUUGCAUAAAUGUGAAUCCAUUUAAUUUAAUGAACUCAUUUACAGGAAGUUAGCGGUAAGUUAAUUAUGUUUAUUUGCAUAUAUUAUUCACAUGAUAUCAUUUCAGGGGCCAAAUGUUCUGUUUCCGUCACAUUAACUGGAAACUGACAUAGAAGUUAAAAAAAAAAAAAAAAAAAAAAAAGAAAAAUUAAAAAAGAUCAUUUGUUUUUAGGAAAUGCAUUUAUACAUUAAAAUAACGAUGUUUUUGGAGCCAUUAACGACUCAGUGCACAUUACUAUGCUAUAGUUUUCAGUGCUGUUUUUUAACCACAACCAAACGCUUGCAUUUGGUCAUUUAUGCAAGUCCGGCAGCCUCGUUGCGUAAGGAACAGCGAUUCGGAUCGUUUGGAGUGUGUGAGGGACCCUCAGAUGAUUUCCUGUAUUUUCAAGCAGGGGUUUCCUCCUUGUGCUACAUUCUGUUUCAGUGAUGUACCAUCUUGAGCUGAAAAAAAAAUAAAAACAAGACUUUGAUCGUAACGAAACAGCCUCAGCUUUCCUGAUUUAAUGCGAGCACCGAGUGGAAAAGCAUUUGCUGGAAGGUAAUGAGUAUCGGCCCUGACUGCCAUGCAGGCUGCUCCGGCACCUCAUUAGCAGAAGGGGGUCCAGCCUGGUGCCCCAGUGCUGCCCCAUAAUCUCCCCUCGACUCGGUGGGGUUCUGACUGGAUGCUGCAUGUUCCCGGAUUUCAAUUGCAUGCCUGCAGGAGGUCGUUUUUCUCAGUUAUGGGAUUAGUGGUUGCUCUUCAUGGUGAUCAUUAGAGAGGCCCGAAAAUUAGGCUGAUCCUUGAUGCCCAACUGUGCGGCUGGUGUACACCGGACCCGCCAUUGGCAGACGCUGAUGAGACGGGGGCCGGAUGUAGCCUGUGCCUCUCUGUCUCUGUCUGUCCCUCUGUCUCUGACCCCUCUUGAUGUCCAAAUGCAGUAGAGACACCAGUACCCAAGCGCAGUAUUUCUCUUAUCCUAACAGAACCCCUUUUU